CUCAUCACCGUGUCUUUCAUGGCUCUCUCAAUUGAAAAAUUGUCCCACGCCAUCUCUACUUCACAUGACCCCUUUCACGGCCCUUUGAGCCCAGCCCAGCCUCUUAAGUCCCAUUCCAAUACGAGAAACAUGGAACUUACUAUUACCCCGGAUCAACCUAGAGCCAGUCCACUAAGCUACACUGGGCCUAGCUCCACUGUAGCGCACGUGGCUGGCCGAAAGUUCGGGAUUGGUAUAUGACUGUACUGCUAGGUAAUAUUUACGACGUUUCAAUACGGUAAUUUUGGUAAGGUGCACCAAGGUACGGGCUGGACGACGUCAUUCUUUGUUAAGCCGGUCUGAAUAAGGCUUAGGGCCA